CCCGCGCGCGCUGCUCUGCGAUUGGAGGGAGCGCUUGGCUCCGAUCCCCACCGGGGCUCAAAAGGGACCGAGGUGCCCCGGGGACCGCAGACCGCCUGGCCCUGCACGCCAGAGCCAUGAUGCCUCACCUCUGGGCUGCGGGGCUUUUCCCGCUGUUCCUGGUGGGCCUCGCCCAGCCGACCCAGAAGAUGAAGCUGGAUUGCUACAAGGGGGUGACGGGCACCAUCUACGAGUACGGAGCCCUCACCCUCAAUGAAGAGGAGUAUGUGCAGUUCCAGCGCUAUGCGGGCAAGCAUGUGCUCUUUGUCAACGUGGCCACGUACUGAGGCCUGACAGCUCAGUAUCCUGAACUGAAUGCACUACAGGAGGAGCUGAAGCCUUUUGGUGUCGUCGUGCUGGGCUUUCCCUGCAACCAGUUUGGAAAACAAGAACCAGGGAAGAACUCAGAGAUCCUUUCUGGGCUCAAGUAUGUGCGUCCCGGUGGUGGUUUUGUUCCCAAUUUUCAGCUCUUUGAGAAAGGGGAUGUGAAUGGAGAAAAAGAACAGAAGGUCUUUACCUUCCUGAAGAACUCCUGCCCUCCAACCUCUGAUCUUCUGGGUUCAUCAAACCAGCUCUUCUGGGAGCCCAUGAAGGUCCACGACAUCCGCUGGAACUUCGAGAAGUUCCUGGUGGGGCCUGACGGAGUCCCGGUCAUGCGCUGGUUCCACAAGGCUCCCGUCAGCGCGGUCAAGGCAGACAUCCUGGAGUACCUGAAACAGUUCCGAAGCGAGUAGAAAGGGCCGGAGACCCUCCGAAGCGGCCGCCUGCCUCCCACCUGAAGGAUGUGCUCCACACUGGGUCCAUCUUUGCUCCGCGUCCCUUCCCGCCCAGCACCCUAUGACCAGACCCUCCCCAAAGCAGGAGUUCGCCGGCGCUCGUGCGCUCACGAGUGUGUUCGAAAACAAGGGAAAGAAUACCUUUGUCCCCAAAUCUCUGCUCCAGAAAUACCAAGUUCUCACCACUCCACCCCAAAGGAAAGGCAUAUGCCAGGGUAGAUGGUCCAGACUACCCAGUGUCCCUAAAAAGGCGAUGCCCGGAAGUUCUGGCCUCUGUCCUUUCUCCAGCCUGAAGGGUUAAAGAAGCAGAAGCUAGAAGGUUCUCAAGAUCCCCUCUGUAGCCUUUCUCUCUUCCCAGAUAAAGCAGGUUGUAAGGCUCUUCCUCUCCCGCAUGCGACCUGCGCUGCCCUGACGCCCUGGAGUUCUCUUUCUCACCCAUCUCUGCAGGCCUCAUGUGAAAGGAGGGGCAUCUCCAUGACGGCGGGUCCUGAAGCCGCCUGGGUCGGACCCGACCAGAGCCUUCCUUGGUGCCUGUCCCUUAGUGCAUUCAGGCAUGGCACCUGGGCAGGGAUGUCCCUUCGUUCUGAAGGAUGCGCUUUCCCCUCACCCGAGCUGCCCCCACCUUCAAACUCCUUCCCGUCACUGUCUCAAAUAAAGUGGAUUCU